AUGACGGGUGGCCCUGGAGGUCGUCGCGAUCGCGGUGGAGGCGACUCGUACAGACCUGGACAACAGCAGAUUGCCAGCGCUCCUAGCAGGCACGAUUUUACUUUCACCAGCGACACACAAGGACCUCGCUUCUCUCCCGCGCCUCCCGAGCGUCCAGCGCGUCGCAAUCGCGGGCGUGGCCGUGGCGGCCCAUCCGGCAUGAACGGCACGCGCCCUGCCACGCGAAGCGGUGACGCUGCGCAGUCUCAGUAUCGCGGAGGCAGACGCAACAACAGGGGAGGAUUCCGUCCUCAGGCUGCACAUGAACGCGCCCUUCUCCAGACCCGCGAUGACGCCACUGAGCGCUUCCUCGGUGUAGAUGCGAAGUCAAACAAGUUCCGUAAUCUAGAAGACUUGUCAGAUGAUGAGGAAGCUGAUAUGGACGUGGGUACUGACGACACCGACAAAUCAGACGGUGAAGUCGACGCAUCCCCAAACAAGACAAAGGCUAUCCGUACGCAAUCGAGCAGUCGGGCAGACGGUGACUCUGUGCCCAAGUGGUCCAAUCCUGACCCUUAUACCGUCUUGCCACCUCCGGAAGAGACGACAGGCAAGAGGAUCGACUUUGUCAAGCUCAUCCGUAAGGCUAAGAACGAAGUCGCUGAACAGGAAAACGGUGCCAAUGCCGUUGCCGCCAACGAUGACUUCAUAUCGUUCGGCGACGAAAACGACGACGAUGACGCUUUCGAGCCCUCCGUGGCCCCUAGCGGACCCGCACCUAGAAUGCAGCCUCUGCAAGGCUCUCUCAAUGAUGUUACAGGUGGCGGAUCACUUGCACAUGCAGACCGUCACGGCAAGCGCCCAGCUGAAAUUUCGAGCCUGCCUGCUAGACCUCCGCCUACCGGCCUUCCACCAAGGCCUACAUUCACAAGCAGUUCCACGAGUAGCUCAAGGAAGCGUAAGCACACUGACGAUUAUGCUGGAAUGAAAGAUGUUUGGCAACCCAAGGACCGUCUCGACCCUGCGCCUUGGGCUUUCCGCGAGGACUAUGAACGUCUCCGAGACCAACCCGAAAAGCUGCUUCACAAUGAGAUAGCAGACUUCUACGACUUUGUAGCCCCUUCAGAUCACGACAAUGAGGUUCGCAUAGACCUGAUCCGCAGGGUGCAAUCGGUAAUCGGUGGUGAAUUCCAGUCGCAUCGGGGUAGUAUCCGUUGCUUCGGCUCGUUCCCUAUCGGUCUUUAUCUGCCAACAGCUGACAUGGAUCUUGUCUUUGUCUCGGAUUCACACUACGACGGCGGUUCUCCGAAGCUCGUAGCAGGAAAGAGCGCGAUGUACACCCUUGCAAAGAAGCUGAGGUUCAACCAGGUUGCCUUCGAUACUUUCGUCAUCCCGAAGGCCAGGGUUCCUAUCAUCAAAUUUAAGGAUAUUGCGACCGGUCUCCCAGUCGAUAUCUCAUUCGAAAACAUGAGCGGAGUGAUUGCCCAAUCGACCCUGAGCAAAUGGAAGAAGGAACAUGGAGAUCAUUUCACCUGCUUGAUUGCCCUCGUGAAGCAACUUCUGGAAAUGUACAAUCUCAACGACAACAGCACUGGUGGCUUGGGUGGCCUGAGCAUUUGCUGUCUUGUUGCGAGCUUCCUGAAACUUCACAAGUUGCCAGAGAACCUUGGUCAAACCUUCCUCCAGUUUCUAGAUUUCUUCGGCAACAAGUUUAAUUACGGUCGAGACAGGAUUGAAGUCGACCCCCCGCGUAUUGUUCGCAAGGGUAAAUUCGGUGUCGAUGGCCGACCGGAGCGAGAGGAUCGCUUGUCCAUUCAGGACCCCAAUGAUGCGGAAAACAACAUCUCUGGUGGUUCUUACAAAGCCGACAAAUGCAUGGAGCUGUUUUCCUGGGCACAUAGGAUUCUCGUCGAACGCAUGGAUACGAUUCACAUGAGUACCGUCCGUGAUCUUAGCAUUCUCGAGGCCGUACUCGGUGGUGAUUACUCUACCUACCAGCAGCAACGGGAGCGCAUGCGGAAUGUACGGAUACAGUAA